ACUAACAUUAUAUAAAGCAUAAGAUAAUUAACUCUGCCAUUGCCAUCCUUAAUAAUCCAUCAAUGGAGAUAAACCCAACAAAAAUCAUCCUCAGGCCAUUCAAAAUCACAGAUGUUGAUGAUUUCAUAUUAUGGGCAGGUGAUGAUGAAGUCAUGAAACAUUUGGUCACGUGGAAAACCAUCACUUCCAAGGAAGAAGCCUUGACUUUUAUCAAGGAUGUUUGCAUACCACACCCUUGGAGGAGGUCCAUUUGUAUCGAUGAUCGAUCAAUAGGGAUGAUCUCGAUACACCCUGGCUCGGGCGAUGAUAGAUGCCGGGCACACGUAGGGUAUGCAGUGUCUAGGGUGCAUUGGAACAAAGGGAUUGCUUCAAGAGCUUUGAAGAUGGGUAUGAAUCAGGCUGUUAAGGAUUACCCUGAAUUGGUUAGGCUGCAAACUUUGGUUAGUGUGGAAAAUAAGGCUUCUCAAAGGGUUUUAGAAAAGUGUGGUUUUCUUAAGGAAGGAUGUUUGAGGAAAUACAGCUAUGUUAAGGGACAAAUUAAAGAUGUUUUUAUCUAUGGUAUUCUGUCAACAGAAUUUCCAUCAGCUGAUCAAUGAUAAACUAUUUAGAGUCUGAAUUUUUUUUAUUUAGUUCUUCAACAUUUGUUAACGUAUCAUCAGUUUCUGUUUUAUUUGGUAUGUUGUAUCUGAUAAAUACUCAUCAAUAAUACGAAGUAUUAUAGCUAACUUAUCAGUUUCACUUUCCUAGCUUGGCAAACAUAUCGGUUUGACAU